GUUUUCACUUAGUUAUCAAGUUCAAACACCGACCGAAUAGAUAGAACAAGUCACCAUUGUUUUUCUACAUCCCACAAUCUUAGAAGAGCCGGCCCAUAUAACCAUCCAUUGCCUUUCUCACCUUAAAAUUGAAGCACACAACCAUCAAAUCUUCUUCUUCGGUUCCUUAAAACAGAACCAUGGACAGGCUCAUAAAAUUAGACCCAUCAAACACAAUCUCAAUAAGAAUUGAACCAAAUCAAAAGUGCCAUGGCCAUGUCACCCUAUGCAACGUCAUGCACACCAUGCCAGUGGCUUUCAACCUCCAACCACAAAUCAAAUGUCGCUACACAGUGAAGCCACACAAAGACACUUUCCUCCUCCACAGUUGUGUCGUCCCUGGCGCAGCCAUCAAUGAACCUUCCUCCAUGGUUGAUUGUGUCCCAAGCGAGUGGUUCUCGGCGAAAAAGAAGCAAGUCUUCGUGGAUACGGGCAUCAAGAUCGUGUUUCUUGGAUCCACAAUUCUGGUUAAGCUCAUUGGAGAUGAUCAUGGUUCCAUGGAUGACAUAAGAGAAGUUCUAGAACGGAGCGAUCCCUCGUGGAAAGCGGUUGAUUCGAUCGACUCGAACGGCGAAACGUUGCUCCAUUUGGCGAUUUCGCGGAAGAGAGCGGAUGUUGUUCAGUUGCUACUAGAAUUUGAGGCUAACUUAGAGGCGCGAAACGGUUCUGGAUCAACGCCACUAGAGGCUGCAGCAUCUUCAGGUGCAGCCUUAAUAGCUGAGCUUCUAUUAGCUCACAAGGCCAACAUAGAAAGACAAGAAACUUCGACAUUUGGACCCAUCCACGUCGCUGCUAAACAAGGACACUGCGAAGUUUUGAGGCUCUUGUUACUCAAAGGUGCAAGAGUGGACUCGCUCACAAAAGAUGGCAACACAGCGUUACACCUUGCGGUUGAAGAAAAUAAAAUAGAAUGCGUUAAGCUCUUACUAGCAAACGGUGCCAGAACCGACAUUCGCAACGCCGGCAAAGGCGACACCGUCUUACACAUAGCAGCAUCCACCGGGGAUCAUAACAUGGUCGAACUCUUGCUACGAAACGGUGUGAACCAGUAUGUUAGAAAUGAUUCAUCAAAAGCUGCAUAUGAUGUUGCAGCAGAGAAAGGACACUCUAGAAUCUUCGAUGCGCUGAGGCUCGGCGACGAUUUGUGCAUUGCUGCAAGGAAAGGAGAAGUGAGAUCAAUACGAAAGUUGCUUGAGAAGGGUGCGUUUGUCAAUGGUAGGGACCAGAAUGGGUGGACUCCGUUGCACAGGGCUUGUUUCAAAGGGAGGAUCGACGCAGUGCACGUGCUUUUGGAGAAAGGGAUUGAUUUGAAUGCAGAGGAUGAAGAAGGGUACACUGCUUUGCACUGUGCUGUUGAAUGUGGAAAUGCUGAUGUGGCAGAGGUUUUGGUGAAGAAAGGUGCUGAUGUUGAAGCCAGGAGUAAGAAGGGUAUCACUGCUUUGCAGGUGGCCAAGACGCUUCGCUACGUUGGGAUCACAAGAAUUCUUGUCAAUGGUGGUGCUAGUACUUUGGAUCAUCAAAUGGUGGUGCCAGAUUCCGGUGCAGUGGUUCCAAUUAAGAGUAAAAUUGAUGCUAAGUGGAAAAUGAUGAAGAACAAGAAGAAGAAGAAGGACGGUAGCGGUGGCUUUGAUCGUGGUUCAACUACUCCGGCUAUACCUAUGCUUGGUUCAUGAAUUCAGUAUUCAAAUUGAAAUAUGAUUUUUUUUUUUUUAGUAUAAUUCGUGGAAGAAAAAAUUGUAAAUUUGUCGAACUUGUUCUUCCCAAUGAGAUCCAAGACUUUUUUAAGUUAAAUGUCAGGGAUGGA